GUUUACUAAACAAAGGAGCCAGUCGAACGCUGGAUGGCGGACAGUGCGUUGGCGCGCGACGCCGCUCUUCCGUUCGAGAGAUCGACGACGUAGGUUCGCGCGACGCUGUGAAGCCUCCGCGCGAAGAGGCCUCGCUCUUUCUCUCUCUCCCUCUCUCACCUGGCAGGACUUGGAAUGCGAAGGAGGAGAUAAGCGUGCGCGACCACUGUGGCGUUGCCUCCGACGAGGAGCACGGCGAGUACGUGAGAGGCGGCCCGAGAGGAGAGCGAAGGGCGGCGCGCAAACAAAAAUGAGAGAAACGUCCGAGAUUUGAUUAUACGGUCGCACUAUGUAUCAAUGUAAUCGAAAAGGAUGCUUCGAGCAUCAAAUGACUAUGUCGCCGGGAGAAAGGCAGAACGAGAGCAGCGGACGUCCCUUCUAAUAGUUAGACGCUUUCUAUAGAUUUGAAUGCUGUAAAAAUGCCGUCGUUGCUGGAAGCCUUGGAGCUGAAGUACGGCAGCUCGACGACCGACUGCUCGUUGACAGACGACGAAGCCGAGUCCGGCUCGCCCAAGGCCGCCCUGUCUGUCAGCAUUUUCAUCCCCAAAAAGUCACCCCGGCACACUGUGCCGGCGUUGCUGGUGCUUCAGGACUGCGACAUCGAGUCGGCGGGCAACGACGCCGAGAAGCUCCGCAGCAAGUGCAAGAACGUCGAAGAGCUUGAUCUGGCGCAGAACAAGCUGUCGCAAUGGACGGAGGUCUUCGGUAUCUUGCAGCACAUGCCCAAGAUCAAGUUUUUGAAUUUAAGCUUCAACUGUCUGGCGGAGGUGUUGGAAAUCAAGCACGGUAAUUACGAUCUUCUGAGGAAUCUCGUGCUGAACGGCACCAGAGUGUCCUGGUCGACGGUGCAAGGACUGAUACGGCUCCUGCGCAAUCUGGAGGAGCUCCAUCUGUCUUUGAACGAGUACAAAACGGUGGACCUGGAUUACCAGAAGCCGGAGAAUCCGGCGCUGAAGAAGCUGCAUUUCACCGGUAAUCCGGUGGAAGUCUGGAACGAGAUAUCAAAGUUGGGGUAUGCUUUCCCGAAUCUGAAGAGCCUCGUCUUGGCCGAGUGUCCGAUCAGAUCGCUCGCUCUGGAGGAGAAUCGGAAUUUGCCGAACGAGGACAGCCGCCGGGCGAUGGAGGAGGGUCACGACAGCGAAAACAUGAAUCAUUUAGAAGCGGAUGAGCACACGGACGAGAAGGGAAAUAGGAUAUUCGAGAGCAAGGUUAACUACGACAGAUCCGAGUCGGAAUCGGAGUCCUGUGGAACGACCAUCAAGUCUUCCCACGAUCCCUUUAGGAUGCUAAGGUUCUUGAAUGUGAACGGCACACUGUUGUCAACCUGGGACGACGUUGAGAGGCUCGCUAGGUUUCCCGCGCUUAAAUCGCUCAGGAUUCAAGGAUGUCCGCUUUUCGAGAGCCCUCGAGAAUACACGGAACACGAAAGGCGGCAGCUGCUAAUAGCUCGACUGCCAAACGUCGAGACUUUGAACGGCGGCGGCGUGAUAUCGUCUCAAGAGCGCGAGGACGCCGAGAGAGCCUUCAUACGUUAUUACAUGGAUAAACCGGAAGCUGAUCGGCCAGAAAGGUAUUCCGAGCUCGUGGCUAUUCAUGGAAAAUUGGACCCCCUGGUGAAUGUUGACCUAACACCAGAGAAAAGGGUCAAGGUCACUUUCACGUAUGGGGAUCUCGUUGAGGUACGGUCGGUAGAUGUAUAUAGAACAGUUUUCGAAUUGAAAACCAAAUUGGAAAGCAUGGUGAAGAUACCUGCUAAUAGAAUGAGACUUUUCUAUGUUGAUCAGGAAAUGAAAGCGCAAUAUGGUCCGGAGGAAAUGCUGUACCCUAACAAGCAACUCUAUCGAUACAAUAUCAGGAACGGCGACGAGAUUAUCAUCGACAGCAAACUGAAUCGAUUCGUAUCAACGUCUUCAGGUACAUCUUCCAUUCGUUCCUGAAGAAGAUCGACAAGUGGAUCGAGCGGUAUCGAAGAAAUCCGAUGUGCACUUCGGUCUCCACUUAUCGAUGCGACGAUCGGAAUCGUCAACGAAUAAUGAUAAAGAGAAAUAUUGAUGGAAAUCCAAUAAUUUAUCAGACGUGAGGACACCGAGUGUUUCCUUAUGGAAUGAACGGACACGCGAGGAAGCGCGCAUUUUGUCUGACAAUCGUUACGGAUUGUCGCGAUUAAUACGAUCGAGUCGUCAACGACGCUAUAGCUAAUUAUUUCUUCGUAUAACAAACUCAUCCAAGCCUCGACGUAUAACUUAAACUGUUACUAACGAGCUCAUAGGGGAUAAUUGUGUACGUACAUAUUACGUAUACGCGCAUACAGACGCAUUUAGAUGAGUAGAUAGCUGUCGAUUUAUCAGUUUUUCGAGUGUAGCGAUACUCUCGUCUGUCUUAUAAGGGAGUAAAAUGUAACGGGGAGAGCAGAAUUGUAAAUAGCGAAUUUCGAUUUCCAGCCAAAUUCGAUGCAAUUACGAAGGUAACGGAGAGUUUACUUGAUUUCACCGAUGCUCGACGAAAGUGGACUUGACCGAUCAUGCGGUGCGCUCGUCGAGGCUGCUAUGACGAAAAGAAUGAGAUAUUUUUGUAGAUCGCGAGCAGGUAUCGUUGAACGAACGAGUUUUGUUGGGCAAUGAUAAAAGUGUACAACGCGCAAUUAUAUUUCCGUCGCGCGUAUUCGCGAUAGAUAUAAACGCGCUCCUUCGCAAAGUGUCAUCCACUUGUACGCGUUGAUCUCUCUUUACUUUCCGAAGGUACAUUCUUUCUCGUGCAAGCGAAAUUACAAACGCGCCAUCAACCAUUUUUUCCGCUCUGUAAAAACGUGACGGCAGAUCUGCGAUAGUACGCAAGAGUUUUGUCAAUCUGAAGAUGCGCGCACUCGUCUGUGUGUGCACUUGCAAAUGUUCAAUCCCUUCUAGAUUUAAGGCAUUGGAUUGUUGUACGAGUGGACGUUCAUUUCGUAAUACGUUGAGAAAACGGAAGGGCUAACAACAAUUUUAAACGCGAUGCGAUAAAAGGCGGCCGUUUGUACAAUUCGUGCGCUCGAGCUCUCGUAAUGAUUUCGUAUCUAUCUUCACAACCUUUUCCCGAAUAUGCUACAAGUAUCCGUCGUUGCAUUUACAACUUGUCUCGAUUUAAGACUCGAACGAAAAGAAUUCAAGUAGAACGUUGCGUUGCUUCGUCAUCGCCAUGCCAUCGAGCUGAACCGUUAGAGAGAGAGUACAUCAGGUUUCGAUUUCUUUGCUCACAAGCAACGAAGCUUGAAGAGUCACUUAGUGCCUGCCUUUUACUAGCGUAAUUCGGAUACUUCUAACACUGCCCUGUGCAUUUCGGGAUAAGGCUCUCUAACGAGAAACACACUGCAGUAUGAAAGCGCAGCACCGGAAGCCAAAAUCUUUCUCGACUAUUGCCAGUGGGACGGAAAGGUCCUUGUUGUGUUGUUGGAUGCGAAUAUUUUUCGAAUCUUUUUAUUUAUGAUAUAUCGAGAGAAAGAGAAAGGAUAUUAAUUAAUGGGGAUCCUUGCUGCUUCGGCUAGGCCGUUUCACGAAGAAAGAACAUCGCGAUGAUAGUCGGGAAAAAUAUUGUCGACUGUUGGUGCGCGUCCUGUUGCAGCGUACGCGACGCGUUUGGUCGAUGUAAACAACGAAAAGGAAAAUCAAUCGCGAAGAAGGGCAAGGACGGACCGGCGGUGGAAUCCUGCGCCGUAUGUGUCUAGUCUCGGCAUUACUCUCAUUUUAUAUAAAAACGAUUCUUCUUUUGUGCUGGCGCAAAUGUACGUACUAACGAAAUAAAUCGUUUAUACGAUGUA